AAUAAUAAUAAUAAUAAUAAUAAUAAUAAUAUCAAUAGAACUAGUUUAUUAGCAAGUCAUUUAUUAAAUCCACCUUUUCGUUUUCAUGUAUAUGAAGUUCCUCAACGAUAUGGAGAAGGUGCUUUACAAUUACUUCAACAUAUUUGGCCUAUAAGUGUAUGUAAUCGACGAAUACCAAAAACUAAUUAUACCAUGUUAGAUUGGAGACAUGCACUUUCUUUAUUUACAGCAGAUGUAUGGAUGAUUAAAUAUAUUCGUUCUCAUCCUGCACAUACAAAUAAUUUAGAAGAAGCGGAUAUAUUUAUUAUUCCUAUGAUUCCUCAUGUUUAUUAUUGUGCACAUGUAAGUCAUUAUAUGAUUGAAGUGAUUCGUUUUAUUCGUCAACGAUAUGAGAAAUAUGUUUAUUUAUAUAAUCAACAUAAUCAUUUUAUUUUUUGGUGGCGAUGGGCUUUACAAUAUCGUCGAGUUCAGGAAUUUUGGAAAUAUAUACAAAAACGAAUUCCAAAUAUAAAAUUUAUUUCAUAUGAAUUAUUAGAAAUAAUGGGAAGAAAUAAAUAUCAAGAUUUCUCAUUAGCGUUAAAACCAAACUUUUUAAAUAAUAUUCUUCAUAUUAUUGUUCCUUAUCCAGAUUUGGCGCCUCUCUUGCAGGAAGUACCGAAUAUCUCUACACAAGAACGUCCCAUUUUCUUUUAUUUUGCAGGAACGCAUACAAUUGGGGGUAUUAGACGUUGGAUUCGUCGUAAUUGUGAACAAGUACUAAAUAAUAAUAAUAAUAAUAAUAAUAAUAAUAUUAAUAAUGUUAAUAAUGAUAGUGUUCAUAAUAAUAAUAAUAAUAAUAAUAAUAAUAAUAAUAAUAAUAAUAAUAAGAGAGAUAAAGAUAAUAGUAAUAAAGAUAGUGUCAAUAUUAGUAAUAUUAGUAAUCUUUGUGUAUAUGAGUCCUUUGCCUCUACUGGAGUGACUGCUGAACGAUUAGGUGUUCCUCAAUCAUAUCCCCAACAAAUGCGACGAUCUAUUUUCUGUGGACAUGCCGCUGGAGAUGCACUUUCCUCCCGACGACCCACUUCUGCUAUUCUUGCUGGAUGUAUUCCAGUCAUUAUAUGUGAUCUUUGUUUAUUACCUUUUGAAAGUAUUAUGGAUUAUAAUAAAUUUGCCAUUUUUCUUCCAGAAGAAAUUGUUAUUGCAGGUAAAAUGAUAGAAACACUUCAAAAGAUUCCAAAGGAAAAAAUUAAAGAAAUGCAAAUGGAAUUAAAUCGAGUACGUUCACGUUUUAUCUAUACAUCUAAUCCUAAUAGUAAUAAUAAUAAUAAUAUUAAUAAUAAUAAUAAUAAUAAUAAUAAUAAUAAUAAGAUAAAGCCAAAUGAUGCUUUAGAUACACUUGUGCAGGAAUUGGCUUUACGAGGGGCAUUACUUCGACAAUAUAAACGAUGGUGGAAUACAAAUCGUCAUCUCUCUUCUCUGCAAAGUGAUUAUCCACCAACACCUCCGGCGAGAAGGAAAUAUAUGUUGCCGCCUAAUGCCCCUGGAGCGGCGAAGUUUAAUGAAGUUUAA